AUGACAGCCAACACUAGAGAUAACCUUAAUGCCAUCCUAAAGGGAAUCCAAGAGGGAAAGAUCUUGGAGGUAUUUGACAAGUACUAUCACAAGGAUUGUGUGAUGUAUGAGAAGGGUGACUCCACCAACCGUGUUGGAAAGGAAGCCAACAGAAAGGCCGAGCAAGCAUUUGUUGACAAUGCCAAGUUCCAUGAGGCAAAGGUGAACAAGAUCCUUGUUGAUGGAAACAACUCUGCCUAUGAGAUGUACAUGGACUUCACCUAUGGUGGUCACAAUGUUAAGAAGACCCAAUGGGCCAUCCAACAAUGGCAGGAUGGUCAGGUCAUCAAGGAGGAGUUCUGGUAA